GAACAGCUAUUAUAGAGAUUACCGGUACAGAUCUAACCUGAAUCCCCGCCCAGCUUUAGUCACCAGCAUACAGACCGACGCGCAUUUAACAGCAAAACGGAGCCGUGCGUUACAGUCCUGCGGGGACGUCUUACUGUGCUGGCGUAAAGAAAUCAGAACUUCGAACAGCACUUCCAUAUCUUGGUGAAAAGACGGAUAACUUGGGAUUUCAGCGGAGCUUAAACUCGUAAAAGUGCUUUUUGUAAGCAGGGAGUCUGCGCUGCUAGAUCGGAGUGUCGCACCGCGCCGGAGCCGCAAUGAGCGUCAGUGCGGCCGCUGAGAAGCCCUUUCUGUCCACCCUACAGCCCAAAUCCCCCGUCACCACCUAUGCCAUCCCCUCGGAGUUGCAGCUGGGAUAUGCCGGAUCCGGGGCGGACCAGGAGGCGAAGAAGAGCCGGGUGCAACAGCAGGUCCAUCUGCGGAUGGCGGAGAAGUUCAGCAACACUUUGCCGCAGAUGAACCGCACGGCGUCGUACGCGGCCACAGACUACGGCAACUCCACCUCCAUGAAGUAUGCCACCUACAAGCCCUCGUUCACCACCAAGUCUCAGAUGGUAUCUGCAAACCAGACUAUUAACAGGACGCCACAGUACAGCUCACGCUCUAUGGUGGAGAUGGACGCACAAGGGGGUAGCAACUUCUACCAAAAACGAGCGGGGACCCUCUCCUCAGCCUCUAUGAGGCUGCAAGGCCAGUCACCGGGUUCCGCCUUGAUGAACAUCGACUUCAUUAACGGCAACGUGGGGUACGACAGCGGCACUACCCUCCAGCGCCAGUCCGCUUAUGGGGACACCGGCUUCUCCAUGCAGUCGGCUAAGUCGGGCCAGAUGAAGACCAUGCAGCGGAGUCUGAGCGGGACGCUGAUUGGGAGUGGCAUGGCUAACGGCAACAUCGGCGGAGGCACCAUCGGCGGAGGCAACUUCGGCGGAGGUACCAUCGGCGGAGGCAACAUCGGCGGAGGCACUAUCGGCGGCAUGGAGCAAACCCACCAAUACUCCUUCAAAGGCCCUGCCUACCGUACCCUGACCCGCAUCAACCGCGUGUCCCGCCCCGGGCCUCCCCCAGGGCAGCAGAUAUCCUCCGGAGGCACCAUCCAGCGCUACUCAGAAGGCUUCACCAAUCAUGUGGGACAGACGGUUGUGACGCCGCCGAUCCUGAUGCAGCAGCAGCACAGUGGCUGCAGCCUCCCCCGCAGCGGCUCCAUGAAGAGCAUCACCAGCCUAAAGGGGGCCGAUGUCUUUGAUGGUGCCAUGGAUGGCGUGGACAAUGGACCAGGAUUUACCGGGCUUGACAUGGACACUGCAGUCUCUUACCUGAACGUAUCGGAACCAGAGGUACAGGUCCAAGGCGCUGCUUUCAUCCAGCACGAGUGCUACCAUAAGGAUCAGGCCAAGACUAAGCUGCGGGAGCUGAAGGGCAUCCCUGCCCUGGUGAAACUCCUGACCAGCCCGGACCUGGAGGUGCAGCGCUAUGCCACGGGGGCCAUGCGUAACGCCAUCUACGAGAACAUGGAGAACAAGGCGGCUCUCCUAGAAGCAGGGGGCAUCCCCCGGAUGGUGGAGGCGCUCAACGAGCCUGAUAGCGACCUUCGCAAGAACAUCACAGGGAUCCUGUGGAACCUGUCCUCCAAGGACAACCUGAAGGAGAAGGUGGCGAAGGACACGCUUUCCCCGCUGACCGAGAAGAUCCUGGUGCCUCUCUCUGCUGGCAAUGUCUCUGAGGAUAGCCAGCAGAGUGCAUCUGAUGUGGAAAUCUUCUGCAACACCACAGGCUGCCUCAGGAAUCUGAGCUCCUUGAAUGAGAAGACACGUCAGCAGAUGCGUGACACUCCCGGGCUGGUGGAUUCUCUGGUGGGAUACAUCCAGGGCUGCCUCCAGGAUGACAGCGUGAACGGCAAGGGAGUGGAGAACUCCAUCUGUGUCCUGAGGAACCUGUCUUAUCAGGUGUACAGCGAGAUGCAGCCCUCCACCCUGCGCCGGCUGGAAGGGCCGUCACGCUCUGAGGACAGAAAUAUCAACCCCGUCAUUAGCUGCUUCACCCCCCAAAGCCGCAAGGCCAAAAACGCACUCAGCUCGGAUGUGUCCUUCACGGAGGUGGCGAAACAGCCUAAGGGACAGGAGUGGCUGUGGCACCCCCAGGUGGUGCCGCUGUAUAAUGGCCUGCUAGAGAAGUGCCAGGAGAGCAGCACCACGAGGGAGGCGGCCGCGGGGGCCCUGCAUAAUAUCACGGGCGGAGACCAGAGGUGGGCGUCCGUGCUGAGCCGCGUUGCCCUGGACAGGGAGCAUUCUCUGCUCAUUCUGGUGGACCGUCUCCGUUCCACUAGCAGUGAUCAGGAGCUGCGCUCGAUAACAGGACUCCUCCGGAAUCUGACUCGCCAGUGCGGAAGCAAAGACACCAUGGUGACCAAGCUUGUGAGCCCCCUGGUGACGCGGUUGCCGAAUGACGGCCGACAGAAGGAGCCCUCCAGCGAGGUGGUGAUCAACAUCUGCGGGGCCCUCAACAACAUGGUGGCAGUCAGCUCCAACGCUGCCCGCGAGAUCACCUACUUCGAUGGGCUGCAGAAGCUGAUGGCCAUCAAGGACUCUAAUGACGGCAGCUCUGCGAAGAUGAAGACAGCCAAGUCAGCAUCCACAGUGCUUGGCAACAUGUUCCAGUACAAGAAGUUACACAAGGAUUACAAAGACAAAGGGUUCAACAGAACCGACUUCGCUGAGACUACUAUGUAAGCUAGGACCACCCCUGCCCCGAAUGACUGGCCACGUUGACUUGAGCGCCAUAGAGGAGUCAUGUAUAGAGGCCAUGUGAUUAUCCCAUGUGACCUCCCUCGGAGUUUGUGAUAGGCUGAAAGCUACAGGCAGUCAACCAAUGGCAGCGGUGAAUUGUGCAGUCUGAUUGGGAGCUUCACUUCACAUGCAAAUCUGCUUUUGCUUCACUCUUCCAAAAAGAACAUAAUAAUCACUUUUUCUGUUUAUCAUUCACUUAAAAUCCUGAAGUUUAUUCCUUGGAGUGUGUGACUGUUUCACUGCUCCGAUGGCCCAAACAUGUAGCUGGUCCAGAGCAGCAGGAAAUCUCUCCACUUGCGAUGUUCUCAGAGUUUCCGAAACAUAUCGGCAGCUGGAAGUAAGGACUGAACCGGGCUGGACUUGGAGCUGUGAUGAGGCUGGGGCUCCCGUUGGGAAAACCGUGCUGAUGCUGCUCUGAUGGACGGCAGUUCUCGGCCCCCAUUCCGCUCUACCGAAGCAUCGAAGCGCGUUCUGCAGCCGGCACCGGAGGGCCUUCUUACAGAACGCUGCUCCGCAUCCACUGAUCCAUCUACCGGCGCCGGAGGGCCUUCUUACAGAACGCUGCUCCGCAUCCACUGAUCCAUCUACCGGCACCGGAGGGCCUUCUUACAGAACGCUGCUCCGCAUCCACUGAUCCAUCUACCGGCACCGGAGGGCCUUUUUACAGAACGCUGCUCCGCAUCCACUGAUCCAUCUACCGGCACCGGAGGGCCUUCUUACAGAACGCUGCUCCGCAUACACUGAUCCAUCUACCGGCACCGGAGGGCCUUCUUACAGAACGCUGCUCCGCAUCCACUGAUCCAUCUACCGGCACCGGAGGGCCUUCUUACAGAACGCUGCUCCGCAUCCACUGAUCCAUCUACUGUAAAGCAUUUCUGUAAAGCAUUUGUGAAACUGAUUGCCUGUGCCUUAACCCUGUAAGUUAUAGUGUAAAAAUAUAAUACGUGCUAACUAAGUAUGAGAUUACUACUGAUGGUGGUGAGCUGGCAGUAAAAAGCCAAAAUUCUGAUGGUUUAGAAUUGUGCAUAAGGGGUUUUAUUUUGUUUAAGAUUUGUUUAGUAUAAAAAAAAUGAAUGUGAUGUUGCACACAUGCCGUGUUCCUGUCCUGUUGCAGGCAGGUAACUUUUAUUAUUUGUAUUUUAUUAUUAUUCACUGUCAGCUUGUGGUGACCAUAGAGCCAUUCUUCCGGAAUGUUCUGUCCCCAGUCUGGGUCUUUUGGCUUCCCAAAGACAUGUUCAUUACUGUUUUAUCUCUUGUCCUACUCAUCUUUUACCUAGUGCCUGACCUGCUCAAUACUGCCAAAUGGGUUCCUCUCUGAUAUUUCCGUGCGCCUUUUUAUAAGUCAAUUCAUUAAAAGACAAAAUGUUUUUUUUUCUUGUAGUUUCACUGCAGUAUCUGUUAGACAAGCAUGUUGAUUUCCUGGUUUAAGUAAUCUGCAGCCAGGGACAUGUUUAAUCCUGCAGAAUUACAGUAUUGGCGGUGCUACAUGCCGCUACGAAGCCCCCAACCCAGGGUGGCAUUCGGGCACAUCAGCAUACAUACAUCAUGUACAUGCAGCUGUAAUAAUGGUCUGGUUUCAUUUUUCCUUUUACUGGCAAUAAUAAAGGCAUCUUUGGUUUA